AUGUCAAAAAGAAAGAAUCACCGCGAAAAGGCAAGACUCAAACGUCGACGGGAGCUUAACCAGAAAGGAUACAACAUCGCCAACACAAUCGAAUGUCGGACCCUGCGGAAAGGAGCAAGGAAACAGAUCGCACGCGAACGCGCUGUAAGACUAUGGAUCUAUCCCUGGAUCAUGGCUCCGACAGACCGAUUUCGACAUUCGUAUCCAAAAGCCAGUCUUCUCGGCCUGCCUUCCGAGAUUCGCCAACAGAUCAUCUACGAAGCGUUCGGCAUGACGGAGCUAAGACGCAUGGUUGAGUACACAGAGAACAAGGGAGCUUUGGCGGCAGCUCUGACCAAAGAGAAGGCGCAAAAGCUGAAACAACGACGAGAGACAGCAAUGGGUAUACCCAUGUCGCAGUUCGAAAGCGACUGCAUCACGAUGCUACAUCGGCGCAUUGCUGACUUCUGUUGUGUGUCACAUUUCUUACACAUGGACAUGGAGUAUGUGGGAAAGCUAUGGAAGAAAGAUCUGGAGAAGUCACUCAAGUGGCAGUUCUCGGCGCCGCUGAAACUGCACAAAGCGCCUACCCAGGAAAUGGUUGACGUUCCGAGACGAACAAGGGGAAAAGUGGUCAAAGUGAAGGGGCCGGGCAAGCAUGCUAGGCGACCCCCGAAGUGUUGGAAGUGUGAGGAAAGACAUCACGACAGAGAUCCAGUCUGUCCGAUGGCGAGAUAUGAUAUUGAGAAAUGGCGGCGACUGACGAAGAAGAAGAAUAAUAGGGAUGACUGGAUGGAUACAACGCAGCCAUGCUCGCUGUUCGUGGGGACAAAGAUAGUGUUUGCCGACGACUAG